ACGUGUGUGACUUGCAUUAAGUAAGAGGAAGCAUUAUUGUUCAGGCACUGUGAACUAUUAACUUUUUAACCGGGCCAAUGUGAUUCUGUGAUUCUGGAGGAGGCUUAUCGAAUCCUGCGACAAUUAUGGGUGACCACAAACUUUUAGACACAACGCAGAUUGUUAAUGGUAUAGCAGUGUUGCUUUCGUUCUUUGUUGGUUAUAAAUAUGCAUUAAAAAGACAAGAACAAGCUGAAAACACGCCAAAGAAAACGGAUGAAGUUAAAGGAGCCGUGGGUGGAAGUACAAGUAUAGCUGCUAAUGAACCGCUUUUUGCUAGUUUUAGCCAUAACUAUAAAAUGGUAUUGCUAGUUCGUAACGACUUGAAAAUGGGCAAAGGUAAAAUUGCAGCCCAGUGUGGCCAUGGUGCCGUUGGAGCCUACCAGAAAGCUGUACAUCGCACACCAAGCCUUGUUAGAGCCUGGGAGAAUACCGGCUGUGCUAAAGUUGCCCUAAAAGUGGAAAGCGAAGCUGAAAUGAUGUGCCUGAAAAAGGCAGCAGAGGCCAGGGGUCUUAAUACCUGUUUGAUUCGCGAUGCCGGCCGCACACAAAUCGAACCUAAUUCUAAGACUGUUCUGGCCAUUGGACCAGCCGCCGUGGAGGCUAUUGAUCAAGUUACUGGUCACUUGAAAUUACUUUGAAUCUAUUUGAGUACUUAGGUUAAAAAGAUUAAGAAUUUAAGCAAUUUUCUAAGACGAAGAAUUAAACUGAAAAAGUCGUAAUGUUUUCUUUUUAAAA